UUUCCAUUGGCAGCUUCAACAGUCUUACUGUUAAGUUGGGGUUUUCACAACAAAUAAUAAUGUUGGCAGCGCAGUUUUCUCUCGUAUUAUUGCUGGUAGUUGGGGCACAAUGUGAGAGUGCUGAAAGAUAUAUGGAGUAUAUUGUCGGCAGACACAACAACUUCAGACAAGGAUGGUUCAACGGCAGAGAAUGGGACAGAAUGGAAUGGGACAGUUCUCUAGCAGAGGAGGCAGACAGACGUAUGUCACAAUGUAACAUGGGGAACGGAUAUUACAGCCAUGGUGAACACUAUGCCUACUAUAGCGGUGGCGAUCAUUACUACAAUAUACGUAGAACCUUUAACGAUUGGUACAAUGGAAUGUCACAAUUUGACUGGAGAAACAAUGAAGGAAAUUUCUAUCAGAUGGAUUGGUACAGAAGCCGUUCCGUCGGGUGUGCCAUGAACUGGUGUCCUUCCUUUUAUGCCAAUGGUCAAAGCUACCAGAACAUGUGGUUCUUCGGAUGUUUUUACGAUCAAAUGGAAUACAAUGAAAAUGAGAAUGAAGAAUUCUUUGGUAAUAACAACUGGAAUGGUAAUGGUUUCAAUAGUUGGUACGGAAACAAUUGGAAUAAUGAUGGUUUCAAUAGUUGGAAUGGAAACAAUUGGAAUGGUGAUGGUUACAAUAGUUGGUAUGGAAACAAUUGGAAUGGUAAUGGUUUCAAUAGUUGGUAUGGAAACGAUUACAUGAACAACGACUUCUAUAACAAUGGUUAUUACAUGAACUACAAUAAUGGGUAUGGUUACGGUGAUAACUUCUACAAUGGCAAUUAUUACAUGAACAACUACAACAACGGUUAUGGCAACAAUGACUACUACUGGAACAGGGGAUAUUACCAGAAUGGAAACUACGGAAACAAUUACUACAAUAGAGGUUACUACAUGGAUAACUACUACAACAAUAAUGGUAAUGGUUACUUCUACAACAUGAAUUAUCCUUACUACAAUAACUGGUACGGUAAUGGUAAUUACUACAACAGAGGUUACUACUGGAAUGGUAAUGACUACAACAAUGACUACUACUAUAACAGAGGUUACUACAUGAACAACUACAUGAACAACGGGUAUGGAAAUGACAACUUCUACUACAACCGUUAUUACAUGAACAACGAUUUCAACAAUGGCUAUGACAAUUUCUACAACAACAUGGGAUACAAAAGUAUAUGUCAUUCUUGAAACUAGGGAGAGACAAGACAUUUAAAUAGGGAAAACCUAUUUAAGCCAGACAGUUACUUCAACUAUGGGAACAUCUUUGAAUAUCCAAAAGGGACUUUUAACAUUAUCAUUGUUUUUUCUAUUGCUCCUAGAAUGUCUAUACCUUCAAAGUCGAUUAUUUUUUUUUUUUAUUUUACGUAUCUUGUUAUAGUUUUCAAAAAUUACUAACUUGCUCAAUAGAUUAACCAGCCUUUACGUUGGCAAUAGAUAUACUCAAAGUGAAGGAGUAUUUUGUAUGGAAGUCAAUUUUGUUUACAUUUUGCUACUUUUAUGAUACAAUACUGCACAUUCAGCGCAUUUUUUCAGUUGUUCAAACAUCUAACAUACUCUUAAUCCAUUGUUACAACA